AUGGAAUUCCUUGAACUGAAUCAAGGGAACGACACAGUGGCAGUGUAUGCUGCCAAAUUUGAUGCUUUGGUUCGUUAUUGUACACAUUACCAUGGUGAGGGUGGUGAAAGGGCUAAAUGUAUAAAAUUUGUAAAUGGUCUGCGUCCUGAAGUGAAAACUGCAAUUAAUUAUCAAGAGACAUAUCAAUUUCCUACUCUAGUCAAUAAGUACAGCAUUUAUGAUUGUGACAACCGUGCUCGUGCUGCUUUUUAUAAAGGAGUUGGAGGUCCUAUACGUGCUAUGAGUUCUAGUACUACGAGUAGGAGUAAGCCUUACUCCGCUCUUACUAGAUUUCAAGGGAGUAAAGCUGCUGCUAAUAAAAGCAAGUCAUUUACUAGAGGAUCCACUAUUAGUGCUACUGGAAGUUUUGAAGGGUCUAUGUUCACUCCUUCAGGAAGAUGCGGGAAGUGUGGACGUAUUGAGCGUCCAAAGACUGUAGGGAGAGUAUUUGCUCUUAGUGGUGCUGAUGCUGCUCGGUCAGAAAAUUUGAUACAAGAUAGAUAUAGGGUCAGGAUACCAUCAGAUAAAGUGAAAGCUGAGGAUGUUCCUAAGACUGCCUUUAGGACCCGCUAUGGGCACUAUGAGUAUUUAGUUAUGCCUUUUUGUGUGACUAAUGCACCUGGUGUUUUUAUGGACUACAUGAAUAGGAUCUUUCACCCUUACUUGGAUAGAUUUGUAGUGGUUUUCAUAGAUGAUACCCUAGUGUAUUCCAGGACUAGGGAGGAGCAUGUUGAACACCUUAGGAUCGUUCUUCAAACCCUUAAGGAGAAGCAGUUGUAUGCGAAAUUGUCAAAAUGUGUAUUUUGGUUGGAUAGUGUGAACUUUUUAAGACAUGUGAUAUCCAAGAGUGGAAUAGCUGUAGAUCCUGCUAAGAUAGAAGCUGUGUUAGAGUGGAGUACACCUAAAUCAGUAUUUGAGAUUAGGAGUUUCUUAGGACUAGCCAGUUAUUACAGAAGGUUCAUAGAGAAUUUCUCUAGGCUAGCUCUUCCUUUGACUAAGCUGACGAAGAAGGACCAACCUUUUGUGUGGGAUUCUGGGUGUGAGGAAAGUUUUCAAGAGCUUAAGAGAAGAUUAACUAGUGUCCUGUGUUAG